GGGUUUAUUAAUUACUGGUUAAUUUAUAUACAAUUUGAUAAGGCAUGAUAAAAUGAGUAUUUAAAAAAAAAUAAAAAACUUAUAAUAAUAAUGAAUUAAUAAAAAGAGAAAGAAGAAGAUUAAUUUUUUUUUUUUUUUUAAUGAAUAUUCAAGUUGUUGUUGUGGUAUGAUUGGAUAAGAUGGCGUUAAAGCGGUAAAAUUCAAAUCGAGACUAAAAUUAGUCAUGAAAAAAAAAUAUGAUAAUUAAUUGUUCAAUUUAUUUUAAAAAAUUGAUAUUAAUAAUGAAAAAAAUUAAUUGAAAUUAAUUUUUUUUUAAUAAUGUAAAUUAAAUAAAUUAAUAGAUUUUUUUUAAGCAUUAUUAUUAAAUUAGUAAUUAAUUAAAAUUAUACUCAAUUUAUUGUUAGCAAAUAUUUAUGAUUUUAGAACUAAUGAAUUUGUAUAUUUUGUCAUUAAGCAUUUAAAAAUUUAGCGCGUAAAAUCACGUGAAAAAAAAAAAAUUGUGGGUGGAUUCAGGUGGAUUUUGAUGGUAGGAUGGGUAAAGAAGAAGAGGUGAGAAGAAGAUGAUGAUGAUGAAAAGAGGGGUACAGACUACUACAGUUUGGACUGGUUUGGACAAGCGCAAUUCAACACUGGAUCAAUCGAAAUUGCGAAAUUGUGUUACUUUGUUUGUUAACUUUGAUUACAGAAAAGGACUCGUCCACUUUGUGUGUUUGUUAUUAAACAAUAAAUAAACAAUAAAAUUAAUAAUUAUAUUAUAAUCUCAAAUUGAAUAAUAUAUAAUAAAUAAAUAUAUUAUUUUUGUGAUUAUAAAUAUUCCAAAAUGACUGUCAUCACAAAAGCCAUUGGAGAGAAGAAGCCUGCUGAAAAAAUGGAGCAGCCAUUGGUACUUGACGACAAUAAUUCAGAGGGAAGAUCAUCUCAUGAUGAUCCAGAAUCAGGUGAACGUAAAAAAACUGAUAUAUCUGGUCAUUAUUUGAUUUUACGUAGACCAAAUAUAAGUACCCAUUCAAUGACACUUUAUUGUCUUUUAUUUACUGCACUUCUUGGUAUGAGUAUUGGUGUUAUUGGUGGUGUUUAUAUUUAUCGUCGUUAUGCAAGUGAACAAAUGCAUAGAUUUCGUACUGGUUGGUACAGUAUACCAUAUGAUCGUAUGAGUGAAAAAGCAGCAUUGUUAAAUGAACAAUAUGCAGCAGGUGUAUCAUCUGAUACUGAAUUACUACAUAAUUUAUUACGUGGUAAUAAACAAUUGCCAAUAUUAUCAACAAAUGAAAAAUUGAAUGAACAAUUUGAUGAUACAUUUCAAGAAUCAUUUGAAAUUGAUUUAGAAAAUGAACAUGAAGGUAUUGAUGUACCAGAUUUUCGUGGUGGUAGACAAGGACGUUUUCUUCAUGAUUUUAAUAUUAAUUUAACUGGUAUCAUUGAUGUUGAUGGACACUCUUGCUUUGUCAUGCCACUCAAUAGACAACGUGUUUUACCACCAAGAAAUAUGUAUGAUCUUUUGGGUAAAAUGUAUGAUGGUUAUUAUGAAGUUAAUACUGAAGUUGUUAGAGAAACAAUGAAAGCUGUUCUACCAGCAAUACGUGAUCGUUCAUCUGUUGGAACUUAUAUUGCUCGUGAAUGCAAAAAUAUGCCAAUUUAUGCACUUGAAAAAAUUAAUAAUACAAGUACAGGAAUAUCAAAACGAGAAGUUAAAGAAGCACCAUUUGUUCUAUUUUCGGGUAAUAAAAUAUCAGAAUUUAACAUCUUGAAUAUGGAUGAAGUAGGACAAGCUUCAAAAAGUAUUGAAUAAAUAAUUUAAUAUUAUUUUUAAGAUUUUUGAAAAUUAAAAAUAACAAUUAUUGUUAAAUAAAAAGACAGAUAAUUAGAUAAACAAAAUUGACGGUAUUUACACUCUACACAAAUCGACAAAUUCAAAGUGACGAAAAAACAUUAGUAAACAAUUGGAUUAUCAAAUAAUAAAAAAUAUAAAACAUAAUUUACAAAAUUAUCACUCAAAUUAUUGUCAAUUUGUCAAUCAACACUAAACUUCUUUUUAAAAAAUAUUCAUAUAGAUAAUUUUUUCAGAAUUUGUAGUUAUCUGUCGUCCCCCAUUAUUAAUUAACAAAUUAAUUGCAAGUUGAUUUAAUAAAAUAAAUGUGAUCUGUCUAAAAACAAACAAAAAAAAAAAAAAAAAACAUAUAUCAAGCCUGAUAAUUUACUUGAAAAUUUUUUAAAAAAUUUAAUUAAAAAGAUUUAUAAUUUUUAUUACAAAAAUAAUUCCAUAAACUAACAAAAAAAAAAAACAAUGUUAUACAGAUUUUUUUUUUAGCUUUAUUUAAAUAAUUCCAGUUAAAGAAAUGACGUUAAAAUUGCCAAAGAUAUUAAAACAUAUAAUUGACUUCAAAAAGAUAAUUAAUAUCAAAAUGUAAAAAUAAUAAUUCUGUUUUAUUCAAUUUUUUUUUUUUUCCUUUUUUGUUUUUUGAUUUUUAAAUAAUAUUAUACGUAUUACUCAGAAAGUAAAAUAUUACAAUAAGAAUUUAUGAGUGUUUAAAAAUAAAAAAUAAAAACUUGCUGUAAAAUGAUAAAUAAAUAAAAUAAAAUUCACAAAAUUAUAUAUUUGAUCUAAUUUAUCGAUUGACAUUUAUAAUAUUAAUUUUUUUCAAUUGUCAAGUAACACUUGAUAAUGAUUCAGCAAGUGCUUUUUGUCGUGAAUUGUAUAAUUUUUUAACCCAUUUAUCGAAAUGUAAAUUUUGGUCCAUUGAAAUAAACAAAAAAAAAUUCUAUGAAAAUAUUCAUCAUAUUUAGAGCAAUUUUAAAUUUAACAAUAAUUGAUCAUUUAACAUUUAUUUUGUAGAACACCAAUAUAAAUUUUGAUAUCGAUUAUAAUAUAAAAUUAAUAAUUUAAAAUUAAUAUUUCUUGGAAAAUAAAUUAUCAAAUUUUUAAUAAAAAAAAAUAAAGGUUAAUUAUAUUUUUAUUCCUCAGUUAAUCGAUAUAGAAAUAUUAUUAAUUUAUUUUUUCCGAGAAAUAUAAAAUAUAUAAAAUUUGAAUAUUAUUUUUUCAAGCGAUAACACACGUGGAUAUUUUUUUGUCAAAUGAUUUUUUUAUUUUUGUUUCGUAUCUUUUGUAAAUGGUCAUUUUUAAUUAAAAAAAAUAAAAAUUCUAAAUCACCUCUUGUGACAAACGA